UAUCCAGGAGUCCUCAUUCACUCACUGGCCUUUGCCUUUUCACCAGCGGUCUUCUCCCCACUUGUUAAGAUGUGUGAAGAAAGGUGUGAAGAUAGAGUUAUCUACUCUUCUGGGAGAGAACCCUGGUUCAAUCUCAACUCAACAUGGUAUGACCCGGCUGGAUCCUGGUUGGACACCCGACGCAAGCCAUUUCGCUAUGCUGUAAACACAUCCUGUGUCACCGGUUGCAACCGAAGGGAUGAUGUACCGAGAAGAGGAGGCCACAAUUACCGAUGCUACGGCUAUCGGCGCUCCACCUGCAGGCAAGGGGGAAACCCAAGAGUGACCUGCUGUGUCCACAAUCCUUCGGGAGGACCCCGUGAUUACUGGGGGCGUCCAAUAGGCGAUUCGUGCGAUGGAAAUACAGGGGGGCACUAUUCUAAUGAAGAGUCGUUCUGCUGUGGAUCUGCUGGAGGAUGUGGAGGUGGGCAAGGAGGGGCAUGUGCCCAGCCAGUUGCUUCAUCAGGAGGAUGUGGAGGUGGAAGAGGAGUGUGCUCUGAGCCUGGAUGUGGAAGAGGACGAGCAGUGUGCUCAGAACCGGGGUGCGGGAGAUCUUCAAGGGGGCUGCAAACCUCUGGGGGAGCAGGAUUUGCUAUCCAUGUGGAUGGGAAACUUGCAGUGCUCCAGAUCUUUCUGGACUCCAGCUCCCAUCAGUCCCAGCACUCAACAUGGCCCAAUGCUCAGGAGUGA